AUGGAAAGCAUGGACAUUUUGAUGUUGGUGCUCAUUCUCUUGUGCCAAAACUUUGGUGAAAGUUUUGGCCAAAACGUUUCCAGACCAAACAUCGUCAUGGUGAUGAGUGAUGCGUUUGAUGGGCGAAUAUCCUUUGAUCCUGGCAGGAAAGUUGUCCAUCUUCCAUACAUAAACUACCUGAGGGAGCUUGGGUCCACCUUCCUUAAUGCCUACACUAACUCACCCAUCUGCUGCCCUUCCAGAGCAGCCAUGUGGAGCGGUCAGUUUGUCCACCUCACUCAGUCUUGGAACAACUACAAAUGCUUGGAUGCAAAUGUGACCACAUGGAUGGAUUUGCUGGGGAGGAACGGAUAUCACACCAAGAUAAUGGGCAAGGUGGAUUAUACUUCAGGGGGUCACUCUCUUAGUAAUCGUGUUGAAGCGUGGACACGAGAUGUUCAGUUCCUCCUACGCCAAGAGGGCCGGCCCGUUUCCGAGCUCGUCGGGAACAUGUCGACUGUAAGAAUUUCCACAGAAGAUUGGAAAAACACAGACGAAGCAGCGCAGUGGAUCCGCCAGAUGGGCGCAGUUUUGCACGAGCCCUUUGCUUUUUACCUCGGCCUCAAUUUGCCUCACCCCUACCGGACCAAGUCUCUCGGGUUGACAGCUGGAGGUUCCACCUUCCGCAGCUCACCGUACUGGCUCUCAAAGGUGUCUUCUGAGCUCGUCUCUGUUCCUAAAUGGCUGCCUCUGUCUGCCAUGCACCCGGUUGACUUCUACUCCACCUUCACCAAAAACUGCAGCGGUGCUUUCACCGAGGAGGAGGUCAAAAGCAUCCGAACUUUCUAUUACGCCAUGUGCGCUGAAGCUGAUGCCAUGCUGGGUCAGGUGGUUUCAGCUCUGAGAGAGACUGGCCUGCUUAACAACACUGUCCUGGUUUUUACCGCUGACCACGGAGAGCUCGCCAUGGAGCACCGGCAGUUCUACAAGAUGUCAAUGUUUGAAGGCAGUUCCCGUGUCCCCCUGCUCAUCAUGGGGCCCGGGCUGACGUCUGGCCUGCAGGUCGACCACCUCGUGUCCCUGGUUGAUCUCUAUCCCACUGUACUGGAGCUUGCUGGUAUUUCAGCUCCAGGUGAGCUAAGCGGUCAUUCCCUCCUGCCUCUGAUCUCCACGUCCAGUGAUUUGUCCAAGAGGCCACAUUCUGACUGGGUGCUGAGUGAAUAUCACGGCUGCAAUGCAAAUGCCUCGACAUAUAUGCUUCGAGUUGGCCACUGGAAAUAUAUUGCCUAUGCAGAUGGACUCAGUAUUCCCCCACAACUUUUUAACAUUACACGGGACGAGGAUGAACUUUACAACGUGGUUCACAAAUUCCCACAUGUGCAGGCUCAUCUGGACAAGCUGUUGCGCAGCAUCGUAGACUACCCAGAAGUGUCCAAAGCCGUUCAUCUCUACAAUAAAGAAGCAUUUACUGCGUGGAGGGACAGUUUGGGGAGAAACUAUAGCCAGGUCAUUGCUAACCUCAGGUGGCACAUGGAUUGGCAGAAGGAUGUAUUUGCCAACGAGAGAGCCAUUGACGAGUGGCUGAGUAACUCCUCAGCAACAUUUUAG